UUGCUUGUAGGCCGCAUUAGCUGUUAGCGUUUCCUGGUUUCUCUCCUAUGUGCGACUAUUUGAGCUAUCUUCAUGCGAUGUUAAUACAAAGAUGGCAAUCAUGGCCGAGGAUCAGUACGGUAUUUCUUUAUGCAUCGAAACAACCAUAUAUUUCAACUUCUUUGUGAUGUUCUAUCACCUCAGCCGAACCGACAGCUACAGGAAUUCUCAUAACACAAUGAUGCACCUUGUUGGUCGGCCCGCUACUAGACGAGCGUGUAUAUGCGUGGUUCUGGAUCUAGCGACGCUUUCACGAUACGGUGUGCUAACCGACGUUCUGCGACCCACCUUCUCUUAUUGCACUAUUCGAGCUGGCCAUCCGCAUGUCAGCCUUGAUAACAACUACUUACAGGGCUUAUCGAGACACCGCUGCAACGAGCUCAUAUUGUCGACUGAUCAUUUCUGACUUACCUCGCCAUCGUUCCAUAAUUAGAACAUUUAUAAGUAUGUGUUGUUCAAGGGGGA